AUGGUGACGAUGAACAUGCCGGUGACGGCACAUGAUGACAAUGAUGAAGGACUGCUUGUGAUAACUGUGAAGAGGAUGAUGUGGAUUCCGCCUCAUCCUGGCGGCAAGGCUUAUCCAGAGGAGCCAGUUUCGGGCUUCGGUGAGGAGUGCGAGCGUGCGACGGUCGGGCCGACCGACGACAAUGCAGGUGCUCAGUUCCACAAAAUGUUCGGCCGCGUGCUGUGCAGCCCGUCGAUUUAUUCGAAUCCCGAGGACUUCAGAGGCGAUGCCCAGGGCCUGAAGAUCUUUGUUCAUUCGAUGCCAGCUGGCCUGACCUCAGACCGACUGGUCAUCGCGAACUUGGUCCGCUUGGCGCACAACUACUCGUGUGACCCAGGGCUUUUCCUCUGCAAAGAGCCUCAGUGGUCCGGUGCAUGGUCGGCCUGGCGCCAGCAUAUGGGAGAAGUGGUCCUCUUGCAGAAGUUCUUGACCGCCCCACCAGAGGUGUUCGUCGAGACUGCCGAUGAAGCAGAUAUCAUCUUGAUCCCAACUUUGUCGCAGCUCCUCUCAACUUGGUACAUCUUCCGCCAGGUGCCACAGACCUGUGCUCGCUUCACACUUCA